GUCUGUCUGACCGAGUGACAGUUUUUGGUUUUUUAUCAAUAUUGGGUCGGAAAAGAUAGUCUUCUGGAUUUCUCCGUCAGAAAAUAUUUUUUGUUCAGUAGAAAAUAAUUUAAAGGUAUGGUAAAUUUAGCCGACACGCUUAUGAUAAAUACGGUGACGGACGGAGCUAUGAAUUUGUUGCGACAUAUUGGUGUUUUCAAAUCUCAGCAACCUGCUCCACCACCUCCUCAAAUAAUUAUGAAAAUGCCGCUGUGGCAACUAGCACAGGAAGCAGGGCCAUUUGUGCGCCUGGCAGGGUUGAGCGGAGCCGCCGCUGUAGUACUCGGAGCAAUGGGCGCGCAUCGCACAUUUCCCGAGGUUGAAACAAAGGAAGACCUAAGGAAAAUUUUUGAUACAGCCAACCGCUUCCAUUUCCUACACACUCUCGCUCUCGUAACUGUACCUCUUUGCCGGAGACCAUAUGUUGCUGGUGCAUUCUUCCUAGCUGGGAUGACACUGUUCUGUGGCACAUGUUACUACCAUGCCUUCACUGGUGACCGCUGCUUCCGCAGGCUCACUCCCAUUGGGGGCUCCUGCCUCAUCCUCGGUUGGGUUGCAAUGGUCUUGUAAACCCUUGUGAACUUUUUCCUAGAUGCUCAUGUGUGUUGAUAGAUGUUCAAGUGUAUAUUCUAGAGUAGGGUUAUGUAUUAGUUUAUUGCACAGUUACUUUUUAGUCAGUAUUUAGAAUAUUUUAUGAUGUAUAAUUCUAGUGUUGAUACUUUUACAUUGUAUGCACAACAUUAUAAUCUAAAAUAUUUUCAACUUUAUAGAUAGAUUAUACUGUAGGUGUUACUGAUGGUUCCAGCUAUUUUCAUUAUAUUAUCCUUCAUUAUAGUUCGGCCGCUCAGAGAAUGCGUUCCUGAAACAUCGCGAUUGAACUGACGACGUAACUUUGUAAUGGCGUUGCAGUACGAUAAAAAUAUUUUUGCUGGUUGUUUAUCGUUUUAACAAUUGUUAAGCAUUAAAACAACAUUAUUAUAUCAAUAAUAAUCAAUGAAUGUUGUAAUUUUGUGCCAAAUUGAGUGUCAAAUAACUUGGUAAACAAUAUUUUUCUAAAUCUAUACUGCGCUAUUACAAGGUUAUGUCAGCGCUUUAUAUUUGUAGUGCUGUGCUAAAAAUAACAGGCAAGUAUCGUAAUCUGUUCUGGUUGAUGGUUCUUAUACAGUUAUACUUAUAAUAUAAAAUAAUACGUUUUGUUUUUCUUUUUAAGAAUUUGAAAAUAAUGGACUAUAGGAUAACUUUUAUGAAAUAUAAAAAAUAAAACUAUGAUCAAACUGAACGCGCGAAAGAAAGUAGCAUUUUUAUAUUUAGGUUGAAAAUGGUAACCCCAAAUGGCAUCAUGGGCCGUCAUUUUGUGACGCUAAAUAGUCAUUUGUUGUCGUUUCGUGCGCUAAGACUAAACCUGAUUUUGGAAGAUUUUGACCGAGAUAUCAGGAUUGAUUCUGUUAUUGAUAAUACCUAAUAUCCUACACGUAAUAUACACGUAGGCGAAGAUGAUGAUGAAGACACCACCUCCUCAAGCGAAUCGGAGUCUGAUUAACAUUCUGUACGCACAUUCAAUUCAAUGUACUUACUUUAUUGCAUAGAAAUACAGAUUGUAACUUUGUAACAAAGAAUAAAUAAAACGAUUUUAUUAUAUGAAUAUUACCUUUUUUAGGUUUCCACUUAAAUAACUAAAAUAUAAAUUUUAAAUGAUUCCGCCAAUUUAAAACGAAAAUAAUCUUAAAAUAAUGCGGCGGUUUAUUUUGGGGGAACGGUAACGAACUCAGUGUUAUGUUGUGCCCAUCACUAGUCGUGACUAACUGAUAGGUGUCAGGAACGCAUUCUCUGAACGGCCGAACUAUAAUUCCAUAUUGUAUUUAGUCAUGAGGAAUUAGAUCUUUGAUAAAUAAACAUAUGGGUUCAAAGGAAAGUAACAUAAUCAUUUUUAUUAUAUAAUAUGGAUUAAUAGUAUUUUUGUGGAUAGAUUGGUGACAGUGAAAAAUAAUAUAAAAGUUAAUUGUUCAAAAGCUGA